AUGUGGAGCUUUCUAGAUCGCCUCAUGUAUGACAGUACAAUUGAGGAAGAAUACUACAGGAAAAUUCGACAAAAGUCUUCGUCUCUGAGUGCUAUCGUUGUGGGUUUGGUGGCUGCUAUGGGAGGAUUCCUUUAUGGUUACGAUACUGGAUUAAUUAAUGAUAUCCUCGAAAUGCGAUAUGUUUCCACCCAUUUUCCUUCUAAUGGCUACGCGUUCAACACCCAUGAAAGAGCUCUUGUCACCGCCAUUUUGUCACUUGGAACGUUCGUCGGUGCAGUUUUAGCGCCAUUAAUAUCUGAUACAUACGGCAGAAAGUUUGCCAUAGUGGUGCUGUCUGGACUAUUGUGUAAUGCCGGAAACAUCAUCCAGGUGGCUGCAUCGGAUAUCGCCUUGCUCUGUAUCGGUAGGGUGGUUUGUGGGAUAUCAGUGGGAAUUUUAUCUGCUUCGGUACCAUUAUAUCAAGCCGAAGCUUCUCCCAAAUGGGUGCGUGGUUCCAUCGUGUAUACCUAUCAAUGGGCCAUCACAUGGGGCUUGUUGAUCGCCCUGGCGGUGUGUCAAGGGACUCGGAAAUUUAACAAUUCAGGUUCUUACAGAAUUCCCAUUGCUCUUCAGUUUCUCUGGGCCACCAUUCUUUGCAUCGGUAUGUUGUUCUUGCCAGAAUCGCCUCGAUUCUACGUGCAAAAGAACAAAAUCCAAAAGGGCCUCGAAAGCUUAAGUAAACUUCGACGCUUGCCUACAGACGAUGCCGAUUUAAUUGAAGAAUUGGUGGAAAUCAAGGCAAAUUACGAUUAUGAAAUGCUGUUUGGGAAAACCUCAAUUCUCGAUUGUUUUCGCAAUGGUGGUGGACGCCACAAACAGGUACUUCGUAUGGUCACCGGAAUUGGAAUCCAUGCGUUUCAACAAUGCCUGGGAAUUAAUUUCAUCUUUUAUUAUGGUGUGAAUUUUUUCUCAUCAACAGGUAUGGGAAAUUAUUACCUCAUGUCAUUUAUCACCUAUGCGGUGAACACCCUUUUCACCAUUCCCGGUAUAAUUCUUAUCGAAGUCAUUGGAAGAAGAAGCUUAUUGCUUUGGGGUGGAACAGGUAUGUCAAUUUCCAAUUUCAUCAUUGCUAUCGUUGGAGUGUGCAUCUCUGAUAACCAUAUUAGUUCCAUCAUCUCGGUAUCUUUUUCGUGCCUGUUCAUUGCAUUUUUUGCUGCGUCAUGGGGUGGAUGUACUUGGGCAUUAGUUUCCGAUAUCUAUGGUAUUUCCAUUCGUCAAAAGGCUAUUUCCAUAACUGCGGCAACCAAUUGGCUUGUCAAUUUUAUUUGUGCUUAUAUCACCCCAUAUCUCAUUGACACUGGAGCACACACGGCAGCGUUAAAGAAUAAAAUCUUCUUUAUCUGGGGUGGAUUCAAUGCCGCUGGAGUGGUGUUUACCUAUUUUAUGGUGUACGAAACCAAGGGGUUAAAGUUGGAAGAAAUCGAUUACAUGUACCUCAAUUGCGACAAUGCUCGGGUAUCCACGAAAUUCAAGUCGCAAAAGAUAGACUACAAUACUCCACUACUCCAAAAUGACGUUUUAAUGAACGAAAAAUCCAACAAUGAUCCACAAGAGCCGGUCUCUAAUGGAUCAGCCAGUUCAAGGCUGGACAACAAUUCAGUCCAUUCAUCAUCCGAUUCUGAAUCCUCGGACGAUCCACCCUACAACAACAACCUCACAGACUACCAACGAUACCUUUCAUCCUUGGGUGCAAUGGAAGAUAAAGUUCCUGAGCCUAUUCAUCCUCCAAGUGUGGAGCAUGAACAUGAUUUAAAUCCCAUCAUUGCACGGCAAUUUUUCGAAGCGCCACCAAGUGAAAGUGAUAGUGACAGUGAAGGAUCUAGUCAUGCCAGCAUUGGAGCAGAAAAUGACGAAUCAGGAAGCUCAAAUACUACAUACUCUUCAUGA